GUUCUCUCCCUUCCCUGUGAUGUGGAGGCACUUUAUCUGGACCUCCCCAUGGGCUGGUAUUAUGGAUAUUUAUUUACAGAUAUAUGACCCUUACUGAACUGUAAACUCUGCAAAGGCGAGAUCAUCUUCCUUCCCUGAAAUUCCAGCCUAGCCCAGUAUCCGACACAGAACAGAUUUUGAAAAUAACUGAUUUCUAACUGUGGAUGAAUGAAUGAGUGUGAAGCUUUGGAUGGCCCCUUAGUGAUCCGGAGAGGCUGCCAGGGGAGGAACAUUUGGUACCCCACCUCCCUGCUUCUGCUGAGUAUGGGUUUCUGCUGGAAUUAUUAGGCAACCCCUUAUUUAUUGAAGACCUACUAUGUGCAAGGCACAGUGGGAGCUCCAGGACAGAGAUCUUUUUACUCCAUCUCCAACCCCACUCCAGCUUUUUGCCACACACACACAAGUACCUUCCAGGGCACAUCUUUCUAUUUGUUUUUGUAGAAAGGCUGGGACUUGGAGGAAAGUGAUAUCACUGGAAAUACUCAGGGAUGUCACGUCUACACCUGGGCUUUUGCACUGCCAACUCGCAUUUUUGGAAUGACUUAUUUCUAUGUUCCUUCACAGCAGCCAGCACUGCAGUGUCUUGCAUAUAUUAUACACCCAACGAGUACUUGUCAAUUGAUUUUGUACAAGUAUGUGACAGCAUAAAUAUAUUAUGAAAAAUGAGGAGUCUGUGCACCAAAAGAGUCAGGAUUCCUUCUCCAAGAAAAACAAAACAAAACCCAAAACAAACAAAAAAACCCCCACAGUGGUGGAUUGGAGCUUGGCUUAAAGUUCAAAUGCUCCUGGACCCUGCCCUGCAGUAUCUCUAACCAGGGGAAUUUGAUAAGGUAGUUGAAGGGUGAUAUUACCUUUGCUCUCUCUCUGUAAUCAAAAGGACUCUUAGCUUUCAGGUGGACCCCACUGGCUACCUUGGUGCGGCGUUUCCAAGAGCACAGAAUCAUCCUUUUCACUAUCGAAAGAAUAUGCUGUUUAAUUUGAGGAUCCUGUUGAACAAGGCAGCUCUUAGAAACGGUCACAGUUUCGCGGUUCGAAAUUAUCGAUGUGGACAACCACUACAAAAUAAAGUACAGCUAAAGGGUCGUGACCUCCUCACUCUAAAGAACUUUACAGGAGAAGAAAUUAAGUAUAUGUUAUGGCUAUCAGCAGAUCUGAAAUACAGGAUAAAACAGAAAGGAGAGUAUUUGCCUUUACUGCAAGGAAAGUCCUUAGGCAUGAUUUUUGAAAAAAGAAGUACUCGAACAAGAUUGUCCACAGAAACAGGCUUUGCACUUCUGGGAGGACACCCUUGUUUUCUUACCACACAAGAUAUUCAUUUGGGUGUGAAUGAAAGUCUCAUGGACACAGCACGUGUGUUGUCUAGCAUGACAGAUGCAGUGUUGGCACGAGUGUAUAAACAAUCAGAUCUGGACAUCCUGGCUAAAGAAGCAUCCAUCCCAAUCGUCAAUGGGCUGUCAGAUUUGUACCAUCCUAUCCAGAUCCUGGCUGAUUACCUCACUCUCCAGGAACACUACGGCUCUCUGAAAGGCCUUACCCUCAGCUGGAUUGGGGAUGGGAAUAACAUCUUGCACUCCAUCAUGAUGAGUGCAGCGAAAUUCGGGAUGCACCUUCAGGUGGCUACUCCAAAGGGUUAUGAGCCUGAUCCCAGCAUAACCAAGUUGGCAGAGCAGUAUACCAAGGAGAAUGGUACCAAGCUGUCACUGAUGAACGAUCCAUUGGAAGCGGCUCGUGGAGGCAAUGUAUUAAUUACAGACACUUGGAUAAGUAUGGGGCAAGAAGAGGAGAAGAAAAAGCGGCUCCAGGCUUUCCAGGGUUACCAGGUUACAAUGAAGAUGGCUAAAGUUGCUGCUUCAGACUGGACAUUUUUACACUGCUUGCCCAGAAAGCCAGAAGAAGUGGACGAUGAAGUGUUUUAUUCUCCACGAUCACUUGUAUUCCCAGAGGCCGAAAACAGAAAGUGGACAAUCAUGGCUGUCAUGGUGUCCCUGCUGACAGAUUACUCGCCUCAGCUCCAGAAGCCGAAGUUUUAAUGCCGUGAUGCUUCUCAAGAGAGAAACCAUCUUCUUCAGUAACAGAACGAGUCAGUUUAUGAGGGAAGGAGAAGAGAAUCGAAGAAAUAAACAAAUCUUGAUACAGGGUAUAGGUGAAUGAUACAUUGCUUUGCCAUUGUGAAACCUUCCUGAAGCCCUUAAUUUAAGUGCUGAUGCACUGUAACACGUGGCUUAACUUCGUUUAAACUUUCUAAUGCACAAUUUCUGAGUUACAUUUGGGUACCAUAUUCAUAAUCAUAUACGUUUGCUUCAACUAAACAUAAAAUACUGUGUUCAUAACACAUAAUGCCUAAGCCAUUAAAUGUAAUCUACACUUAUUACCUUAAUAAAUUAUCACCCACACUAAUUUAUAAGUAAACAUUUACCAGACAGUCAGCUGCUGGUAGAUGUGUGGGCUGUGUUCAUAUCCCCUAGGACCAACAAGGGAGCCAGAUGAUCCGUCUUGCUUGUGUAAUACAAUUUUCAGGCAAAUGAGGUAGACAGACAUUCACUUACGGAGGCAAAUGAUGAAAUUCUUAGAAAAACAGCUAUAAUUAUGUCCAAACUCUGGAGUUUUUUCUAGUCAUUUGUGGGAGGAGGGUCCUUCAAGAGCACACAUCUCUUUUCUAUAAUAAAUACUUAACGUUACAAGCCUACAGAAGCCUUUGGGAACAAGUGGUAAAACCAUGAAUACCCAGCUAGGAAUAUAACAUCCAUUAGUGACAUUUUAGUAGGUUCAAAUUCUCCAGCAGGACCAAUUUAAUUUUUUCAUGUUUGUGCUUGUCACGCAUCUAAUCACACCACACACUGGGUAGUUCCAUAAUUCUACUACUUGCUACAUUUAGUCCAUUUUUUUCCUCUAAUUUUUCUUUAAGAUAAUAAAAUUUUUCAUUACUGGAUUAUUAUGUAAUUAAAGCUAGAUGUCUCUUGUGGGUGAACACAAUGUGUAUUGUUGAAUUAUUAUGAUAUAAUUUGAAAUCUUUAGUUCAAAUGUUAAAUAACUGAAACUU